CCGAGCUUGAGCUCGGUGUUGGAAUCGAUUAGGUACCUAGUAUUUUAUCAUCAAUCCGACUUCAGCUUCAAACUUUCAGCUUGAUUCUAAUACUUAUUAUUCCUUAGCUUGCCUUGACACGAUACCCAUCGUCGUCAUUCCUAUCAAUCUUCUCCCCUUCCCUCCCCACCAUCAUUCUCACCACUAACUCAUAUCCACAACCAUGUCAUCCACCAACUUCAACCACCUCCCGCUCUCCCAAACCCGGCCCUUGAAAGUCUCCCUCUCCGGGCGUCUCCUUCUCGACAACCCCUUCUACAACAAAGGCACAUGUUUCACCACCUCGGAGCGCAAGCUCUUCCACCUGAAGGGCCUCUUACCCACCAACAUCCAAACUCUGGACGAACAAGUGCAACGCGCCUAUGACCAAUACUCGAGCCAAAAGGACGAUCUGGCCAAAAACACCUUCAUGACCUCCAUGGCAGAACAAAACACCGUCUUGUACUAUCGACUGAUCCAAGACCAUAUUCGAGAAAUGUUUAGUAUCAUCUACACUCCAACUGAAGGUGAUGCGAUUGAGAAUUAUUCACGUGUGUUUCGACGUCCGGAUGGGUGUUUUCUCAGUAUCAAACAUCCGGAUGAAGUGGAGGAGCGGAUGAGUAAAUUUGUGCAAACGAACGAGGAUGGUGGUGGGAUUGAUUACAUUGUCGUCAGUGACGGGGAAGAGAUUCUCGGGAUUGGCGAUCAAGGCGUCGGAGGGAUUCUCAUCUCCGUGGCGAAACUCGCUUUGACGACAAUCUGUGCUGGUCUUCAUCCAGAUCGGACGUUACCGGUCGUGCUGGACACGGGGACCGAUAACGAAACACUCCUCAACGAUGAAUUGUAUCUCGGUCAUCAUUUCAAACGCGUCAGAGGAGAGAGAUAUGAUGACUUUGUCGAUCGCUUUGUUCAGACGGCCAGGAAGUUGUUUCCCAAGGCGUAUAUCCAUUUCGAGGAUUUUGGACUCACCAAUGCGAGGAAUUUGUUGGAUCGGUACAGAAAUCACGCGCCGGUGUUUAAUGAUGAUAUUCAAGGCACGGGAUGCGUGACCCUGGCGGCGAUUAUGGCCGGUUUGCAUGUGAAUGGCGUCAAGUUGGAGGAGUUGAGGGUUGUCAUCUUUGGGGCUGGGACCGCUGGCUGUGGUAUUGCAGAACAGAUUCAGGCGGCGAUUGCAACCAAGGCAGGCAAGGAGAAGGAACAGGUUGCUGAUCAGAUUUGGUGCGUCGACAAACCAGGCCUCCUCCUGACCACAACACCCGGUCUAUCCAUCACACAGAAACCAUACGCACGAUCCGAACCAGAAUGGAAAGACAUGGAUACUAAAUCACUCCAGACCAUCAUCUCACAUGUCAAACCCCAUGUCUUGAUCGGAACAUCAACCAAACCAGGGGCAUUUACACAACAAGUGGUUCAAGAAAUGGCAAAAUAUGUAGAACGACCCCUGAUUUUCCCACUGAGUAAUCCAACGCGACUCCACGAAGCCAAGCCAGCGGAUGUGAUUCGAUGGACGGACGGUAAGGCUCUAGUUGCAACAGGGUCGCCUUUUCCACCUGUGACUUUGGACGAUGGACGUGAGAUCGAGGUGGCUGAGUGUAAUAAUUCGGUGUGUUUCCCAGGCAUUGGACUUGGUGCGGUCUUGUGUCGCUCGCGUCUUGUUACGGACAAGAUGCUUGUGGCGGCGGUGGAGGCAUUGGCGAAAGAGGCUCCUGCUUUGCAGGAUCCGGAUAAGGCGCUUGUUCCUGGUGUUGAGGAUGCGAGACCUGUGAGUGUUAAGAUCGCCAUGGCGGUUAUUAGGUCGGCGGUCGAUGAUGGUCUUGCUCAGGUGGAUGAUAUCCCUGUCCAUGAUGACGGCUUGUUGAAGAGCUGGGUCGAGGCUCAGAUGUGGCAGCCUGUCUAUCGAGAGUAUGAAAAGGUGUAGACAUGGAAAAUAGACAACCCCCUGAUAAGCUUGCAGCAACAUUUCGAAACCUUUGACGCUUGUAUAUGCAAUCCCUACCACUACACACUACCAAAUGUGUUACAUGUGAACAUGGGACAUGGGACAUGGGGCACAGAUAGUAUUGAC